AUGAACGACACAUAUGAGGGCUCUAAUACCACUAGUAGUUUUGUGGAUUCAACAAGUUACGAAGUAAAGCUGGUAUUUGUUGUAAUUUUUGGAAUCUACUUAAUAAUCUAUCCUUUUUACGUAUAUGCCUACAAAAUCAACAGAGAUCGGGAUAAAAAGAUGUUGUUAUUCCCGACUGUACAGCAUUUUUACAAAAUGGUCAAAGCUGAGUAUAUUUUGUUAUUUUCUAUAGUAAUCUACCAUAUAUUGUUAGUUGCGUUUCCUGGAGGCACAGUUGUUCUAUUUCCCUUAUUUUUUCUAGUUUAUGGUCUAGCGUGUGCCCUCUAUGAUUUGAUCAAAGCAUUUCAUCUGAUAACAUUUCUUCUAUCUUUUCAACGAUGUCUUGUAUUCUUUUUCCCUAAUCUAGGAAAGCUUGUUGCAGUUUUCCAGAAGCAAUUUUUUAAAUAUAUUCGUUUAUUUUAUCUAAUAUGUUUUGGGACUGAAUUGAUAAUGUAUUUCUAUAGUCCUACGAUUUGGUCUAAAUCAAGAUGGACAACGUUUGAAUUGUACUCCGUUGCUAGCGCAAUUGUUCUCUAUAUCAUGCAAUUGUUGUCUACACUAUUUUACAUUCCAAUACUAAGAAGCGCUCGAAGAAAUCCGUAUGUAACCUCUGGCCAUUACUAUUCGCUGCAGAAGUAUAUCUAUUGGCAGACACUGACUUCGCUAAUUCUUGAAUCUUUUACGAUUAUAAUGUGCAUUCUCAUCUAUUUAUCUGGCCUAUCCUUCAGUGAAAUUAUGCUUGCUAUUGUGCUAGCGAAUAUUAUCAUAACUCCGUUAACUAUUCAAGUAUCUUAUCUGGGAAGUAAAAAGUGGAUUGUAUACCCGUCGGGGAAUUUGAGCUUGAAGAACUUUAUCAAUGUAGUCUUCUCGAUCAAGUGUUCUUCAACUGUCAGCCCAUAA